UUAACAGUAGUCAGGCAGACAGUAGUCAGGCAGACAGGGAGGUGAGAGAAAAAUAGUUUGUCUGCCAUUGCUGUUGCCUGUCGCCGUGUCAGUUAGAAGUAACCACAGAUAAAAUAUCAGGAAGACAUCAUGAAGGUGGACGACAAGUUUCACAUUCUGAAAUUCUUCGCAGCAGUUUUCAACUCUGUUUUCUUGAUUCUGGGGCUCUGUAUCUUUGGAUGUGCGGUGUGGAUCUUGUUUGACAAAGACAAUUUCAUUGCUGUUCUCAGCUCUGUUGAGGUGAAGACUGUAGCUGGGGGACUGUUCAUCAUUGGUCUAGUGGUGGUUGGUGUCACUAUCCUGGGGUGUAUGGGAGCCCAACUGGAGAACAGGUGCUUCCUACUACUGUACAUGGGCUUCCUGAUCUGCCUCGUCCUUGGUCAGCUGUUUGUCACCUUCAUCGUUUUGUUAAAUCAUGGAAAGGUAUGUCCAGGACCAAGCAUUAAGCAUCUCAGAGAAAAUGGACUGUAUGGGCACUGCUGUGGUAUGCAGAGUCCUAAUGACUGGCAGAGCAACAUGUUCAUUAAGAACAACAGUCUGAUAGAGGUGUAUCCCUGUUCCUGUUUCAACACCACGGAUUGUCCUGCCAUCUCAGGAUUCAGCACACUGCUGUUUGGAAAUGGAAGUGAAACACAGAUCCAUCCACAGAGAUGUGUAGACAUAAUCACCAACUGGCUGAAGGAGAACACUUUGACAAUAGUGGGAAUGGAAGUGGGCCUGCUAAUCAGUCAGGUCCUCCAGUUUAUAGUGGCUGUGUAUCUGUACCAGACUGUUGGUCAGAAAGUCAAGCUGAGGAAUGUUAGUCAACUGAUUCUCUCUGAGGAACAUUGUGAACCAAACCCUGACUUCCUUGAUGACCCUGACUACCCUGACCAAAACCAUGCCUAUCCUGAACCAAACCAGGCCUACGCACAUACAAACCUUGCCUACCCUGAAGAAAUCCUUGCCUACCCUGAUGACCAACACCCGGCCUACUCCGGACCAAACCAUUCCUACCACCGCUAACCAGGACCAGAGUGUUUCUGUAUGACUGAAGACACUUUGGGCGCUAACAUUGAAUUGCUCAGUGGAGGCUGGUGAGAGGAUAUAUAGGAGGAUAGGCUCAUUGUAAUGGCUGGAAAGGAAUGAUUGGAACGGAGUCAAACGUGGUUUCCAUGUGUUUGAUACCAUUCCAUCAAUUCCAUUCCAGCCAUUACAAUGAGCCCGUCCUCCUGUAGCACCUCCCACCAGCCGCCACUGGAAUUGCUCAAAUUCUAAAAGCUCAGUUCAGCGCUUUCAGCCACACAGGCCUUCUACUAAAGAGGGUUUUCUGCUGACAAUGAGAACAAUCUUAGUUCAUUAGUUUCCAUUGUUUUUUUACUGUUUAUGGCUUAAUGACCUGAUCAGCCUUAACUGGUCAACCUCACCUUGUGUGAAUAGUUGUGUAUGGUACUGGUCAACCUCACCUUGUGUGAAUAGUUGUGUAUGGUACUGGUCAACCUCACCUUGUGUGAAU